UGUACUAUCGAUAGAUUAGAAAUUUUCCGAAUAUUUAAUUUCCGGAAGUGUUCAAUAAUUCGAUAUUAAAAUAUUUUGGUUUGCGGGAGUGAUGUAUAAUUUGAUUUCGACAUCCAUAUAAAACGAGGAUUUUUUAACAAAGUUGGUGUUAAAUGUCGGUGGGCGAUAUCUCCAUUCACAGGGGUCCAGAUAAAACUAUGUGGAAAAUGCCCUGUCACAAAGUAUAUACAUAGUUAUAAAGAAUAGCAGAUAUACGAGAUGAGGUUACUAUAUUGGAACCAGAAAGGUAUCAAAGCAGACACUUACACAAGCAAGCCAUAACAGCUUCAGGUACCGCCAAUACCAAAGGGUACCAACAGAUGAGAGCAGCUGUUCCAGAAAAAUAAUAUUUUCAGAUUAUUAAAACUUUCAGCUUCUAAACUUGUGAAAUAUAUAUGUGAUGCGGAAAUUAAGGAAAAGGUCAUACAAGUAAAACCAACAACAUUAUCCAACGAUAAUUACCAAUUACCUGUUGAAGUAAUAGAUAUUAAAAUGACUUCGGAAGACCUUUUGCAACCAGGUCACGUGGUCAAAGAACGAUGGAAAGUUGUGCGAAAAAUAGGUGGUGGGGGGUUUGGAGAAAUUUAUGAAGGGCAAGACUUGAUAACACGCGAACAAGUUGCGCUAAAAGUGGAAUCAGCACGUCAGCCAAAACAAGUUCUAAAAAUGGAGGUAGCCGUUCUAAAGAAAUUGCAAGGCAAAGAGCAUGUUUGCCGCUUUAUAGGUUGUGGACGAAAUGACCGUUUUAAUUAUGUUGUUAUGCAACUGCAAGGAAAAAACCUUGCUGAACUACGUCGAGCACAACCUCGUGGAGCAUUUUCGUUGAGUACUACCUUGCGACUUGGACUGCAGAUAUUAAAAGCUAUAGAAUCCAUACAUUCAGUAGGAUUUUUACACCGUGAUAUUAAACCUAGCAACUUUUCUAUUGGACGUUUACCCUACAAUUGCCGUCGGGUAUAUAUGUUGGAUUUUGGGCUUGCUCGUCAGUAUACCACAGGUACAGGAGAGGUCCGUUGUCCCCGUGCUGCGGCUGGAUUUCGGGGCACUGUACGAUAUGCAUCUAUAAAUGCGCAUCGAAAUCGUGAAAUGGGACGUCAUGAUGAUUUGUGGUCCUUAUUUUACAUGUUAGUUGAGUUCGUGAACGGCCAAUUACCGUGGCGUAAGAUUAAAGAUAAGGAGCAAGUAGGCUUUACGAAAGAGAAGUAUGAUCACCGCAUUUUACUAAAGCACUUGCCUUCCGAUUUAAAACAAUUUUUGGAACAUAUACAAUCGCUCGCUUACGCCGAUCGCCCCGAUUAUGCGAUGUUGAUCGGGUUAUUCGAGCGCUGUAUGAAACGUCGAGGAGUAAAAGAUUCUGAUCCCUAUGAUUGGGAAAAGAUAGAUACUGUUAAUGCAACUACUAGUCAAACAACAAAUACUGUUCAAAUACUGGGUAAAAACGAAUAUGCACAUGGAAAUACUACGCAGAUGACAGUUGCUGCGUCAAAUGUUAGCGGGACAGAAUAUCCACGUCACCGUAAUGAUAUGGACACAGCAUUACUUGCUUCAACAGACCCCAUAAAUGGAAAGGAAAAAGUUGACAAAAAUUGCAACGCACCCUUACCACAGAUCGACGGUCUUUUGUUGAAUAUGAGCUCCUGCAAUCAGAACACUUUUCAGAAGACAAAUCCAGGGCAAACAGCAAAUUUAACAGGUUCUGCAAAUGCCCAUUGCGUUAAAACAGUUGACCAAACUCAUGAUCAGAAAACACAACCAAAGUUACCAUCUCAACCACACUUGAAUGCACCCCAAAUAACUUUAUUUUUGCCGUCAGCAGCACCAAAUUUGUCUAAUUCCACUGGUGUAAUAAAACCAUCUACAGUUACGGGCUCCAAUCGUUCAGAUUGUGCUGGUUCGGUUACAGGCUCCACACCUCCAUUGAACAGUCACAAACACCAUCCAAAGCAGCAAUUUAUUCACGGACAUUCACACGUUCAAGCUAGAUCAAAUUCACCUUCCGCGCAAACUGUACGCAAAAAUUAUUCAUCUCCUAUACAGGUUCAAAUUGGUGGCUGUGAUAAGGAAGUAGGACCGAAUUCUACCUCUUUGCAAUCCCAUUUACAGAAUGAUGACAUACUCAUUGGUGAUAGUAGUAUAGCAGAGGAUCAACUUAAUUACCAAAAUGUCGUGGAAGGUCAAAGUGGGUUUAGAUGUGAUGGCUCGCCAAAAAAAAUGCAAAGAUCUGACGGCACUAAUGACGAACCUAAUUUUAAUCAGAAUUUGAAUGCAACUGAACCACUUAUAAAAGGAACAUCGAGUGUGUAUGAUCCAGCAAUGAGCAGCGGAUGUUUCAUAUUAAAUGAAAGUGCGUCUUCUCACGCUCACGAUGCAACCCCAUUUUCUUUUGAUGUCGCUCUGGGUCCUUCAAAAGCAGUUGUCCUUCAAAAUAACAUUAGCAGUCAACGAACUUCUCAAAUAGGACCGACCGGAGGAAUACAACAACAUAUUUAUGUUGGGCCAGCCACAAAAUGUCGUUCAUCAACAGCUUCCAGUUUGCGGCCAGCAUUUAAUUCUAGUGGAGCAGUACACCGUUUCGGUAAUAUUGGAUUAACACGCAGUAGUAAUGGACCCGGCGUAGCUGGAGAUCAUUCCAUGACUCAGUACGCUUUGAUAGAUGACGAAAACGUGUCGGCGUUGCAACAAGUAACUAAAGGUGGCGGAGCUCUCACUUUGGCAUCUCAGUGGAAAAGUCAGUUUGAUGAUUCGGAGGAUACGACAGAUAACGAAUGGAAACAAGAACCUCAGUUUCGCACAAUUGUUAUAUAUGUACAUAAGUAUGUAUGUAAUACGUACGUAUACUAAAUAAGUGCAAAUAUAUAAACAUUUAAAUAUGUAAGUACAAGUAUGUAUGCAAAUAUUUUGUAAAUUACAUCUACAUACGUUUGCUCAAAAAGAACGCGAAAAUAAAUCUGGAAUAAGUAAUAGAUGUAUAAAUGAGCAUACGUUAAGUUUAAUUUUCCUAUGGGUAUCCUUCAUGUAUGUAUAUACGUUGAUUUUUUUUUAUUUGUAAGUUUGUAUACAUAUAUUUAGAGAGAAUCCCUGCCAACCACGGCUACCCACUUGUGUCAAAUAUUUCAAUACAACUACACAUUUUUAUACUCUCGCAACAAUGUUGCUAACGAGAGUAUUAUAGUUUUGUUCACAUAACGGUUGUUUGUAAGUCCUAAAACUAAAAGAGUCAGAUAUAGGGUUAUAUAUACCAAAGUGAUCAGGGCGACGAGUAGAGUCGAAAUGCGGAUGUCUGUCUGUCCGUCCGUCCGUCUGUCCGUCCGCCCGUGCAAGCUGUAACUUGAGUAAAAAUUGAGAUAUCAUGAUGAAACUUGGUACACGUAUUCCUUGGCUCCAUAAGAAGGUUAAGUUCGAAUAUGGGCAAAAUCAGCCCACUGCCACGCCCACAAAAUGGCGGAAACCGAAAACCUAUAAAGUGUCAUAACUAAGCCAUAAAUAAAGAUAUUAAAGUGAAAUUUGGCACAAAGGAUCGCAUUAGGAAGGAGCAUAUUUGGAAGUAAUCUUUUUGGAAAAGUGGGCGUGGCCCCGCCCCUACUAAGUUUUUUUUACAUAUCUCAGAAACUACUAUAGCUAUGUCAACCAAACUCUAUAAAGUCGUUUCCUUCAGGCAUUUCUAUAUACAGUUUAAAAAUGGAAUAAAUCGGAUAAUAACCACGCCCACCUCCCAUACAAAGGUUAUGUUGAAAAUCACUAAAAGUGCGUUAACCGACUAACAAAAAACGUCAGAAACACUAAAUUUUACGGAAGAAAUGGCAGAAGGAAGCUGCACCCAGGCCUUUUUUUAAAAAUUGAAAAUGGGCGUGGCGCCGCCCACUUAUGGACCAAAAACCAUAUCUCGGUAACUACUAGACCGAUUUCAAUGAAAUUCGGUAUAUAAUAUUUUCUUAACACCCUGAUGACAUGUACGAAAUAUGGGUGAAAUCGGUUCACAACCACGCCUUCUUCCAAUAUAAAGCUAUUUUGAAUUCCAUCUGAUGCCUUCUCUGUAUAAUACGAGUAUAAACAUUAGGAACCAAUGAUGAUAGCGGAAUAAAACUUUACAAAAAUACGGUAUUUGAAAAAUAUGUAAAUGACGUAUUAUGAAAUCUCGAUUAUCACUUUACCAUGCGAGAGUAUAAAAUGUUCGGUGACACCCGAACUUAGCCCUUCCUUACUUGUUUCUCUAUGCACUAGCACCAACGCACAUUUUGGGGUUAUUUUUUGUUUACCUAAAUGCGAUGAAAAAAAGUUUCUUUCAUUUCUUGAUUUAUUUGAAUGAGUGCGAAGGAGAAAACAUAACUGUCAACAGUGCCAAAAGAAAAUCCUAAAAAUGGUAAUAAACAAACGAUUGAAACACGCAUGUCAUUCGUGAUCGUACCAUCGUAAAGGAGGCUCGUACAACAAGAAGGUAAGUGAAUGAUUUUUAUGUGAUUUUGUUUUUAAUAAUUUGCAAAUAAUUA